AUGGCUCCGCUCGAAUACGGCUUCUUCUGCAUCUUGCUAUGCAGCGUGAAGCAGGCGCUGGGCAGCUACCCGAUCUGGUGGUCCUUGGCUGUGGGGCCUCAGUACUCCUCCCUGAGUGCCCAGCCCAUCCUCUGUGCCAGCAUCCCAGGACUGGUGCCCAAGCAGCUGCGCUUCUGCAGGAACUACGUGGAGAUAAUGCCCAGCGUGGCAGAGGGCGUCAAGGCGGGCAUCCAGGAGUGCCAGCACCAGUUCCGCGGCCGCCGAUGGAACUGCACCACGGUCAGCAACAGCCUGGCCAUCUUUGGCCCGGUGCUGGACAAAGCUACGCGGGAGUCAGCUUUUGUCCAUGCGAUUGCCUCGGCUGGAGUGGCCUUUGCGGUCACACGCUCAUGUGCAGAGGGCUCAUCAAUCUUCUGUGGCUGUAGCAACCGCCUCCAAGGCUCCCCUGGAGAGGGCUGGAAGUGGGGUGGCUGCAGUGAGGACAUCGAAUUUGGUGGAAUGGUGUCCCGGGAGUUCGCAGAUGCCCGGGAGAACAGGCCAGAUGCCCGCUCUGCCAUGAACCGCCACAACAACGAAGCUGGGCGCCAGGCCAUCGCCAGCCACAUGCACCUCAAGUGCAAAUGCCACGGGCUGUCGGGGAGCUGCGAGGUGAAGACGUGCUGGUGGUCCCAGCCGGACUUCCGCACCAUCGGCGACUUCCUCAAGGACAAGUACGACAGCGCCUCGGAGAUGAUGGUGGAGAAGCACCGCGAGUCCCGCGGCUGGGUGGAGACCCUGCGCCCGCGCUACAAUUACUUCAAGGUGCCCACGGAGCGCGACCUGGUCUACUACGAGGUCUCGCCCAACUUCUGCGAGCCCAACCCGGAGACGGGAUCGUUCGGGACGCGCGACCGCACCUGCAACGUGAGCUCGCCGGGCAUCGACGGCUGCGACCUGCUGUGCUGCGGCCGCGGCCACAACGCGCGCACCGAGCGGCGCCGGGAGAAGUGCCACUGCGUCUUCCACUGGUGCUGCUACGUCAGCUGCCAGGAGUGCACGCGCGUCUACGACGUGCACACCUGCAAGUAG